CUUGAGGGGACACACAAUUUGAAUUAACAUGAUUACUUUUUAUUACAUUAUUUUCAUUAGGAUCUCAUUUUGCAGCGGACAUACAUUUGGGACCUCUAAACUUGACUGAAGACAGAAUAAGUAACUCCACAAAGCAAAAGGAAGGCAUACCAAACCUUAAAAUCUUCAAGAUAUUUGUGUAUUUUGUCAUCUUGAUCAUGGGUGUCACUGGAAAUGGACUUGUCAUCUUUGUAACCAGCUACAAAAUGAAGACGACAGUCAACUCCAUUUGGUUUCUUAACUUGGCAAUUGCAGACUUCAUUUUUAGUAUGUUUUUGAUUUUUGACAUCGCUGCUGAUUUGGACAAGAAUAUAUUUUUGUACUUAGGCAAAGUCAUACAUGCAUGCUGUUAUUUUGUUUUUCUGCUAAAUAUGUUUGCAAGUGUUUUCUUUCUGACAGUUAUCAGUGUGGACCGAUGUCUGUGCACAUGGAUGGUUGUAUGGGUUCAGAAUAAGAGAUCUCUAGUCAAAGCCAGACUCAUUUGUAUAUUUGUGUGGAUUUUAUCCAUCUGCUGCAGCAUCUCUUCUUUUACUCUUAUGUACUUACAGAUAUUUUUCCCAGUGGCCCUCUACACAUUCAUGUUUAUGGUGUCCUUUCUAAUUCCCUUUUUGAUCACUGCAUCUUCAUACAUAGCUAUUGGCAUGCGGGUAAAAAGCCUCAAAAGAGGAAAGCAGCUUCGCUCUUAUCGGGUUAUUAUAUCGGUGGUUCUGGCUUUUUUCAUAUGCUGGUUCCCUUUCCAUGUACAUAAACUGUGUCUAAUAAGUGCAUUUAAGUAUACCUGGAGUGACAGUGCUAAACGAAAACUUUCUGCUGCAACACCGUUUGUAUACUGCCUGGCUCAUCUAAACAGUUGUCUUAACCCUAUGCUCUAUGUGUUCAUAUGUAAUGAGUUUAAGGUAAAACUUAAAAAGUCUCUGCUACUGGUUCUCGAGGCAGCUUUUACCGAGGAACAUCUGAGUAUGAGAUCACCUUCACUUCCUCACACCUCUCAAUGUCACCAGGUACCAAGUGUACUGAUAGACGACACAACCAUCUGAUCCUUUGCUGGCAGCCAAGAGAACAGAACAAGCUUUUAAUUUCAGUCUGUUGAUGAGGUUUCUCAAGUACUCCUCCAUUUCCUGUGUUAAGACAAACAGAAAGAACCAUACCAAACUAUUGCCAACAGAUCAACGUCCAUGUGCCAACGUCCAACGUGCCAUCCACUCUGCCUGUCGCCACGGUGCAGACUAGUGCCUUCUGUCUCAGGCAAGACUCUGCCAGCUCUUCUGCUUUCCCAGCCUUCUAUUUCCUUCCGGUCCUCACCUCGAUGCCGGCUGAUGACACCUUGCUGUCCCUGGAGUCCCUGUACUGUAGGGCUUCUCUGGUGCGUA